AUGGUGAGAACCCCUUCCUGUGACAAAAGUGGACUCAGGAAAGGUACUUGGACUCCGGAGGAAGAUAGGAAGUUAAUUGCUUAUGUCACUAGGUAUGGUUGUUGGAAUUGGCGCCAACUUCCCAGGUUUGCAGGCCUGGCAAGGUGUGGGAAAAGUUGUAGAUUGAGAUGGAUGAAUUAUCUAAGGCCGAACAUCAAAAGAGGAAACUUCACUCAAGAAGAAGAAGAGCGCAUCAUUAGAAUGCACAAAAAACUUGGUAAUAGAUGGUCUGCCAUUGCAGCUGAGUUACCAGGAAGAACUGAUAAUGAAAUAAAAAAUCAUUGGCACACAACCCUCAAGAAGAGAUUUCAAGAGAACACUGUAACAAAUGAAGAAGUCAAAGCCUCCAAAACAAAAGAUAAAGAAUCCAAGAAAGGGAAAGACACGGUGUCCAACAAUGGUGUUACAGUUUUGCAAGUUAAUCCUCCAGCUACUUCACAGAUCUCAGACAAUACAGGUUCAUUAUCACCACUAUCAUCCUCUAGCGACUUCUCAUCCAUAAGCUCAGAUCAUUCCACAGCAGCCAGUAACGAAAAUUUUAUGUUUGAAGAUGACCUUGGUUUUCUGGAUGAAUUCACAGAGCCAGUGAGUGAGAAUUUCUGGACAGACCUAUAUCUGGACGACAUUUCCAACAACACAACAAUGCCAAGUGAUAUUAACGGUGCUUUUGAAAGUACAGAUGCUACCCAGAUCCUUGAUUCUCGUACACUAUCACCCCAUCAAUCUACCAGCGAAAGCAUGGUUGUGGAGAAUGAGUUUGGAAGCUUUCUCGAUGCAUACACAGAACCAACAGUAGAUAAUUUUUGGACACAGCCAUAUGUUGCUGACAUGUCCCAUGUUCCAAGCGAACUACUGGUCCCCUCCGUGGCAGAAUCUGAAUAUUUUUCUACCGUAUACGACGCUGAUCUGUGGGGUCAAAGUAAUUUGUAUGAUGAACACCUUAGCUUAUUCUAA